CAGGCGUACUCUGUACAUAUCUGUUCUUUUCUUGCAUUUGUACAGCAUACAAUCUCUAGCCAUAUACAAUUUUUCUUGGACUACAGAGUACACAUAGAGAAGUACUCCGCACACACGAGCAAACAAUCCCGCCGGUCCCGCCGACCCAUCUCCGUCUCGUCUCCGUUCCCCGGCUUCCGACUGUACGCUGUUACACCCCUCCCUCCGUCCCGCUUUCCUCUCCUCCGUUGACAUUUCCUCUGAACGUCCGUCCAUAUUCGAAUCUCGCGAGUUGCAUACGCUACUGCGAUAUACGAGUUCACUGUUCUCGUGAUAUACGCCAUUAACGAAGUGAAUCCUUCUGCCUAGAUACUGCGCGAUGAGAGAAGGCGGAUUGGGAAGGUUGCAGAAGAAGAUGAGGGGGAGAUUUGGGGAUAUGUUGAGUCCGGAUGAUGCGUAUUUAAGCUAUCACGAUAUUCGAUUGACACGAGAAGACAUGCAAACGCUCAAGAAUGACUGGCUCACAGAUAAUGUUAUAUCCUUCUGGGAGGAAUACCUUGAACGCGAAUUCCUCGUCCAAUACAACACCUCCAACAUCGUCCUCCUUCGCCCCAGCAUGUCCUUCAUGAUCCUCCAGACUCCGAACCCGCUCUCGUUACGUGAAGCACUCCCCGAUUUCACUCACACAACGCACGUCUUCCUCCCCAUAAACGACUGCCGCAACGUUACCGAAGCCGAAGGUGGGACGCACUGGUCUCUACUCUUGAUUUCGAUCGUGGAUGGCGUCGCAUUCCACUACGACUCGCUCCCACCGGGGAAUCACUGGGAAGCGAACACGGCGACGAGAAAGUUUAGUAUUCUCCUCAACCGGCCGUUUCAGUUUGUGGCUCUGCGCGACUCGCCGCUACAAGAGAAUGGGAGUGACUGCGGGGUGUUUGUGUGUUUGAAUAUGCGACAUUUGUUGCUGAAGCGGUUAUUGUCGGCCAAUGCUAGUGAGAAGGUUAGCAUGAGUUUGGGUGGGAAGAAGGUUGAUGCAAGGGCUGGGAGGAAGGAAAUUGCGAAGAUAAUUGAGGGGUUCAGGAAGGAAGGGGAGAGGAGGCGGUCGUCAAGUCUCAGCCCCCUAGGAAAGAAAUCGCAAAGUCCGCCACGGAUCGAAUGAUGGUACACAAUUCCUUUUUAUACGGCGUACACGGAUGGGAAUAUGGAAUAUAACAGAAAAAGCAUCACUGGCCCGGUUGUCUUUUUGUCUGUUUCUGUUGCAUUGGAUAAUUAUUACACGAUUGAAUGAGAAUGCGAAAGCUAUGUUUGCGUUUAAUGAGGGAGGGAUGGUUAUGCUUGCAUUGUUGCAUUGUACUGGAGGUUAUCUAUAUUUUAUUGAUAGGUGUGUUUUGACUCUUCUGGAUGUGCGUCGUAUGAUUAUAUUAAGAUCUCCACCCUGCCCGAACUCUAUCCCCCUGGCAGAGGAUCAAUUGAGUUCUUGUCCCCAGGGU